AUGAGCUUGUUAUUGCCAACAUGGGUCAUCAUCAUCUGCGGGAUAAGCAGUAUGGUCUCUGUGCUGUUAUCGGUCUAUACGAUAAGCAGUCAUUUGAGAAAUUAUAGGAAACCUUUUGAGCAGCGAUUGACUGUGCGUAUUCUAGUGGUGGUUCCUCUCUUUGCCAUUAGUUGUUUCUUGAACAUCACUAGCGAGACGCUGUCUAAGGCUGUGGAGCCGAUACGAGAGGUCUACGAGGCUUUUGUCAUAUACACAUUUUUCGGGUUGUUGACCAGAAUGUUGGGAGGUGAGAGGCGGAUUGUUAUUACGGCAUCUGGACGCGAGCCCGUGGCGCAUCCAUCCUUUGUGGGUUGGGUACUGGCACCUCUGGACAUUUCUGACCCCAGAAGCUUUUUAGUGCUAAAACGCGGCAUUUUGCAAUACGUGUGGAUCAAGCCUAUAUUAUGUGUCAUUAUAGGUGUUGCCCAAAUUACUGGUUAUUAUGAUACGAAUGAUACGAGUCCUUUCGGGGUGUAUGUGUGGGUCACCCUCGUGUAUAAUCUGAGCGUUUCCAUCUCGUUGUAUUGUCUUGCAAUGUUCUGGAAGUGUCUCUACACAGAUCUGAAACCUUUUGGACCUUGGGGAAAGUUUCUGUGCGUGAAAAUGAUAAUUUUUGCAUCCUAUUGGCAGGGUAUAGUGCUAGCGAUUCUUGGUCGAGCGGGAGUUAUGAAGGAUAGUGCCACUGCUGUUCAAAAUGCUCUUUUGUGUGUUGAGAUGGUUCCAUUUGCUCUGGGUCAUAGGUAUUCGUUUCCAUAUACGGCUUUCGGUAUCCGGAGCAUGCCUGAUUGUGCGAGAAUGCAAACGUGGUACGCGUUCAAGGAUUGGAUCAGUCCUGGCGAUCUCGUGCAUGAUUUCCGCAAGACGCUCGAUGGCAACCAGUAUGGGUAUCGCGAUUUUGAUUCAAUAGAAGCCGUCAUUGCGCAUCCCCAAUCUCGAUCGCGGAUCAACAGGAUUGGACAGGGCAUGCGAUACAGUGAAGGAGGGGCGAAAAAGUACUGGUUACCGCAAGCCGUACCAGAUGGUGAUAGCAGGCGGUUUUCAUUUGCAUCUUCGAAGGCAAGUCUGCGACCACUGUAUCCAGACUCGAUAGCCAGCCUAGAGGAAGAACCGGAUGAGCGAGACCCAGAAUUGGCACCAGACCAGUUGGCUAGAGACGAAAAGCUAUACCGAUACGCCAGGUCCCACUUGCCUUAUGGUGACAGUCAUUAUCGCGUUGUUGUUGAUAAGGAUGCGUAUCUACAUUCCAGAAAUUUCACAGAGCAGCGUAGACUGGCUCACGAGAGACAGACUCUGCGUGGUGGGGGUGGCGCGGGUGAAGCGAGUUACGGAUCAGUUUAA